UUCGAUCAUGCCAUGGCCUCAUCUCCCAGUCGGGCUCACCGUCGCUUUAAGUAUCCCCAACUCGUAUGUUUCUUUCUUUUUCGCCUCUGUCUGGGGUUUUAGGAGCCGAGAGAGAAGAGAAGAGAGGAGAGAGCGAGCGACGGCAUCGACGAAGAAGAAGAGAGAAGACGUCGAGGAUUUAUGUCGUCUGGUUUUUUCGACUCAGCGUUCCUCUCUUUGUUGUUCUCAGAAAGCAGAGCUCGAGCUCUUUGGAUCUCUUGUCUCCUUUGUUCGUCGCUUGGCCUCGCUGUGCUUUUCUCCUUCUCCUCUUCCUCCCGUAUGCGACGGAGGCCGCAGGAAUCGAAGACGGCUUCGAUGCGAUUUCGAUCUCCUCGUGUUCGCUUUGGAGUGAAAUACAUUGGAUUCCAACAUAUAGAGAAUUUUCUCUUCAUCUUCUUGAGAGGCUACCUCUCUUGACAGAGUUAAUUGUGUUUUAUUUCCAUUUUUCGUGUUUUUUCUUCGAUUUUGUUUCGUUUUCAGAGAGAACAUAGAGAGGAGAAAAAAAAAAUGCCAGGGCCUCAAAGGCAUCUCUUCAAUCAAGGACGGAUGGUGAAGAGAAAAGAGGGGAAGAAGAGGACUAGUCAGAGAUCCGAUCUCCGUCCUCUCGCAUGUGAACCCAAGCCGAAAUUGGUGAGAAAAAUCCGGAUCUAUUUUGACGAUCCGGAAGCCACCGAGUCCAGUGAAAGCGAAGAGGAGGAGGAGAAGAGAGCGAUGAUGAAUUCGAGGAGGAGACGGGUGAUUCAGGAACUCUCCGUCCACCCAUUCGGUCUAUUUUCCUUUCCAGCUGACGCCUCGUCUCAAGAAAGCGGCAAGCGAAACCCUAAGACCCCCAAAUCUUCCCAGAAGAAGGCCAAGGCCCCUGGCUCGACGAGCUCGUUGUCCACCACCUCGUCGUCGAGGCAUAAGGGUGUUCGCCAGCGACCGUGGGGAAAAUGGGCGGCCGAAAUCCGCGAUCCCAUCCGAGGGAUCCGUCUGUGGCUGGGCACCUACGACACCGCCGAGGAGGCUGCCCUUGCCUAUGAAACCGCCGCCAGGCGCCUUCAGGCCGAGAAGAGCGGUCUCUCCGCCGCCUCGACCACCACGAUCUCCGUUUCCAACUCCAACUCCAACUCGUCAUGCCUCUCCGUUGGCUGCUCUGAGGCGGCGUCGCACUCCUCCGUCCUCGAUGUCUCCGGCGCCACACUGGCGGUGGACAGCCAGCCUCCGCCCGCAAAGGAGGCGGCGGUAGAAGAGGAGCCGUCCAUCGCGGAGCUAUUUGCGGAGCAACCCCUGCUACUACCGGAGCUGGACUUGGGGUUCGGAUCCGACGCGUUCCUCCCGGUGACUGAGUUUGGUUCGGUGGACGACUUUUUGGCCCUAGGCGACCUACCCGACGGUGGUGAUUUCGCAAGCAUCGACGCCUGGAUGGACCUGGAUCUCUGAGAGCUUGGAAAAUUUUGCAGUUCAGUUAAUAUUUAAUAAUAAUAAUAUGUGUUAAGUUUGAAAUCUCGCGAGAGUAGGUUCUGAAGUGGCGUUAGAAGAGGUGUUAGUUUUUUUAUUUCGGUGAGGACCGAGGAGGAGAAAACAUAUGAUGGUUUUUGUCUGUAAUGGGCGUGGGAGAAAAUUUCUUGGGUUUUUCCGAGCUACAACAGCCGCCCCCAAGGAAUUUUUGGUCUACACUCCCACACCUAAGCAUUGCUAUUAUCUCCUCGCUAUUUAUCUUUUUUGUUCUCUUUCUUGUUUCUUUGCUUCAUUUGCUGUCAUGCACUCUCUUUUGGGACAGUAUAAUGGAAGAGGCUUGUCUUUAAUAUAUAUCAUGGUGGUUGU